CCUCCCCCUCCCCCUCUGCCGCCGCAUUCCCAGCCCUGUUCUGCCUUGCCAGCAGACUGGCCAGAUAAUGGCCCGGUACCGAAGUGGAGAUUCGACAGCCAUGUACCACGACCGUGUUGAAGAUCCAGCGAUCAAUCAAUCGCGCUCGAACGAGCCAGGUAGUAUCGAAAAAUAGCGAUUCGACUCAACCGUCGACUGGGAGUCAUAGGUGAAAGUAUGUUUUGUGUGUUUUGUAUUUUUGUGGGGACGUUACUUGCCGUAGCUGUAGUAGCCACUGUUGGGCCACAUCGCCAUCGGCAUCGGCUUCAGGUCCGGCGUGGGAAGGCGCGGGGGACGCGGCGCCGACGGGCGGGGCGCGCUGGUCGUCGUGGUGUAGUACUGCGCGGAGGAGCUGGUGUUGGGCUGCGACAUGGUGGAGGAGGUGGUGAUGUACUGAUGUGUUGAUGUGUUGAUGUGUUUGGGAGGAGGGGUGGGGUGGAAGGCACUUGGGUAUUUGUCUUUCUCGGG